AUGUCGUGGAAGCCUCUCGCCCUCGAUCCCCGCAUGGAGGCAAAGUGGGACUCGAUCAACUCUGAAGAGGCCUUGACAGAGCUUAGCAGAAUAGAGCUGCCCAAUAGUAUUGAGCAGGAGGAUAAGUCGUUCCCCGGCCCCAACGGCAAUGAGCUAGUCGUUUCUAUCUUCCGACGCAAGAUCUCGACGAAUCGGAAACGUCUAUGUAUCUAUCACAUCCACGGCGGAGGAAUGAUUGCCGGAGAUCGGUUCCUCGGCUUCAAUUGGUAUUUCGAUGUUAUCGAUAGGUAUGACGUGGUCCUAGUGACAAUCGAAUAUCGUCUUGCACCUGCAAGUUCCUAUCCAGCACCAGUUGAGGAUUAUUAUUCUGGCAUGAUUUGGACGGCCGAGCACGCAGACGAAUUAGGCAUCGACGCGGACAAGUUCCUUACUGCUGGCGGCUCAGCUGGAGGGGGCUUAUGUGUGGCCCUGAACCUGCUUCUUCGCGACCGAAAGGGCCCCAAGGUGAUUGGACAGUUCCUCCUCACUGCCAUGCUCGACGACCGUGUCGAUACCAUCUCCGCCCACCAGACCGCGCAUAUCAAAGGCUGGAACCGAGACGCAGACAUCUACGGAUGGACCUGUUAUCUAGGCGAGAGUCGAGGAACGGGUAGUGUUAGUCCGUACGCUGCGCCAUCCCGCGCCACCGACCGGUCCGGGUUGCCCCCGACGUAUCUCGAUGUCGGUGCCGUCGACGUUUUUCGCGAUGAAGACGUGAAAUUAGCGCUGGAUCUCUGCCGAGAUGGGGUUCCUUGCGAGUUCCACCUCUGGCCGGGUUGUACCCAUGACACAGACGCCAUCUUGCCCGAUAUACCUGUUUGUGCGGCUGCCAACAGAGUCAAGAAGGAUUGGUUGGAACGAUUCUUUCCUGAAAACGGUGUCAAGCUCGUUGACUGA